UCACUCAUUUGUGUCUCCCUUUGUUUCUGUUGUAGAGAGGAUGACAAAGAGGACCAGAGGUCAGACCAGAGCCAGGAUACCGGUCCUGAAGCAGUGGCGGUUCAGUCCACUUCGAGCCAAGUGGAAGAGCAACAGGAGGAGGAACGCGAACAGCAGAAGGGACGGGCUGAGGUGCAGCAAGACGACGAUCCCUCCUUACAGCAGCAGGCAGGGGAGGCUGGUACGGGCAGGGAAUCGGAUCCCUCGGUUCCCAGCAAAGAUGACAUCCCAACCUUUGACGAGUGGAAGAAAAAAGUCAUGGAAGUGGAGAAGGAGAAAAGUCAAAAUCUCCACACUGCCGCGAGCGGCAUUGCCCAGCCGGUGAAGAAAGUCCAAAAAAACUUCAAGAAUAACUACGCCUCGGUGGAGUGUGGCGCUAAGAUACUGUCUGCAAACACUGAGGCCAAGAGCACGUCGGCUAUUCUCAUGGAGAAUAUGGAUCUUUACAUGCUGAAUCCCUGCAGCAACAAAAUCUGGUUUGUGAUCGAGCUCUGUGAGCCCAUUCAAGUCAAGCAACUGGACAUUGCCAACUUUGAACUCUUCUCGUCAACACCAAAAGAUUUCCUGGUCUCCCUAAGUGACAGGUACGCCUUGUAAAAAAAAA